AUUUCUGAAGCGGUGAUGGACAAAUGACCAUAAGACUCGAUGUCCGAGUUCAAUUGUCACGAAGAAAUAACGCUUCGCACAAAGAACGGACUAAUGACACCGUAUUAUCCAUCCGAUGCACUUAUUAUUGAUCGGAUACCUCAAUUUUGCAGAAAAAAAUGGUGUACGAGCAUAUUACGUUAAUAAUACAUAAGUUUGCAAAUAUAGAAAUCCUUAGCUUUAAUAUCAUUUAUACAAAGUCCUUAUAUAAUUCAGUAGUUGCCGGAGAUGCCCUUUCAUGUCAAGGAUUUAUAACUGAUAGCGAAACGCGGGAUCUCAUCAACACAGCACAUGCGAGGGCAGAAUCAUGUCCUUGUAUAGAGCAGAUCAUUGCAAUUGACGACACAUUUGAAAAGAAGAAUAAUUGUUACAAACAGUGGUUCUUUUCUGAUGAUGCUAAGCAAGUUUGUUGCUACAGCGAAAAUGGCCAACUACUUGUAGAUGGUCCAGGGGCAGGCUAUCUCCGCCUCAAGACAAGAGAUGAUUACAUUGAACAAGCCCAUGACCUUUGUUGUGGAAACGGAUCAGAUGCAUUAAGAGAAUCUUGUGAAUCGUUCUACCAAAUAAAUUCACCUGAUGAUUGUAGUUUUUACGAACCGCCAGUUAUUUCAAUUUCAUCAGGAGAUCCUGUCAUACAAACAAUAGACGGAGGAAAAUAUGAUUUUAAUGGACAUGGUGAAUAUGUUUUUCUGACAGAUGGAAAUAAUUUUGAAAUACAAGCUAGAACAGAUUAUGUUUUGACUGGAAACAUUGAUUCAACAUAUUUUUCUGCUUUUGCCUUACUUGAUAAAACGUCACACGAGCAAAUAGAGCUCCAUUAUGAUCGGGAAGCAGAUGAUAUCAGACUGUUUAGGAAUGGUACAUAUAAGAGCAAUUGUUCUGCAUCAUCAAUGUUAGGACAUGGACGACCUUAUCCUUGCGAACUUCGUCUAAAACAUAAUUGUUUUGUGAUAGCUGGUGGUGGUAAAAUAAUUAUACAAAACUGUGGUUUCAAAUCUUACAUCAAACAGCUUGUGUUUGGGACUGACAAUUUCCUGAGCAUACAGAUCAUCAGAGACUCUAGGGCAAAUAUAACAAACAUUACUGGCCUAGCAGGACAUCGGGAGGAUGGUUUCUACAUUAUGAGUAACAACACAAAAGUUUCUGAAAAUGCAUCUGCAUUAUCAUUGUUCCAAUUUGCAGAAUCGUGGUCAUUACGGAAUAAUUGGGAGAGUGUAUUCAUGUAUAAAGAGACUGGCGGAAAUUUUACAAUUUACAACACACAUCAUACAUGUCCAGAGUUUCUUCAAGACAAACUUGGCAACCUGACAGCAUUGUUCGAAAGCUUUCGGCCAGAAAAUAUUUCACUUUUCAACAAGACUUGUAGAAAUUAUUGGAACAAGGAACCCAAUAAUCUGUGCCUUCUCGUCAUUGCAAGGACAGGGGAUUAUGACCUGGGAUUAGAUGUAAUGAAAGAGGCAAAUGCAACACGUCACAAAUGGGAAAUACUUCAUAAUAGAACUCCAUUAGUAUCACCCAACUUUCCAGAAAGAAUCACUGUCAGUAUCAACUCAACAUGGACAAUUAAUCUUACUGAUUAUGUUACCGAUGAUAAUACACCCCCGGAAAAUCUCGUGUUCGAUGUUUUCACAGGACUAACGAAGAAUGAAUAUUCAAUAAACAAUGGAAUUUUUACAUGGAACGUUGGCACUGGUUUACGAGAAAUAGACACCGGCAUGCAAUUCACCGUAUACGACAAAUUUAAUACUAGCAGUGUUUUCAGUUUUUCAAUCAACUACUGUGGAUGUAGUGAAGUUUCGUUUUGCUUAUUUAAUGAUUCUACUGACAAUCCUUCAGAUACUGUAGUAAAAGCUUCAUGCGAUUGUCCAGGCUACACUAGCGGAUUGUAUUGCGAAAAAAUCAAAGAUGUUUGUCCAAACUAUCACUGCUACAAUGAUUGUAAUGUAAUGGCUUACCGAUCAAAGCCUUCGUGGCCAUGUAGCCCUUGUCCAAAGGGAAGAACAUAUUCGAUGCAUGGAUAUAAUCAGAUAUGCACAGAUAUUGACGAAUGCAGUGUUGUUUAUUCUGGACCUGAUAAGUGUGAGCAGAGUUGUACAAAUACCGAUGGAGCGUUUAUGUGUAGCUGUUUCAAUGGAUAUGAAUUAAAUCGAAAUGGCCAUUCAUGUGAUGAUAUUGAUGAAUGCAGUAGGGGAAUUCGAGUGUGUGGAAGUACAGAAAUCUGUGUGAAUACUUUGGGAAAUUCGUCAUGUUUAUGCGCUCCGGGAUUCCAAAGACUUAGUGAUAAAACUGGCACCUCCUGUGUCAAAAUAAGAUACCGAUCUGUUGACGACGCUGUUCAAGUUAAAUGUUCAGAUUCACAAUGGGAUGUUGAAGUCGACAUGAACAUACUUCAAGCGAAAUAUCCAGCCAUUAAACCCGCUGAUAUUUUCCUAGGAGAAUCUAAAUGUCUUGGAAAAAGCUGGAAGGGUCUCUACUAA